AACUGCUGUUAGCGCUCCCAUGACGUCACGAGUAAAAAUGUAACUAAACAGUCGACGCGAAAUCGACGCUAACCAGGCCAAAAUGACAACCAGGUGCGCUGGAUACUCACGUGCAUUUGUUGCGUUUCUUUCUGCGGAUUUCAUCAUCCGCAUAUAUAUGGUGGUAAAUAUUCCUUGGAAAAUUCAUCAAAAUGCCGGAAAUAGUGUACGAAGAAGAUGAAAGUCUCAACGAGAAACAAACCCAUCAACAAAACACGGUAGCAGCUAUCGCCGAAAUCAUUCAAGAACUGCUGAAAGCUCACAAGCUGCAGAAAGACGUCAACUUGAACGCUUUGAAAACCCGAAUCAGUGGAAAGUAUGGUCUGAAAACUACUCCAAGACUUGUGGAUAUUAUCGCAGCUAUACCUCGCGAUGCCCAGAAAGACUUGAGACCGAAAUUACUAGCUAAACCGAUUCGAACUGCGAGUGGUAUUGCUGUUGUAGCUGUGAUGUGUAAACCGCACAGAUGUCCUCAUAUCAAUAUGACCGGUAAUAUCUGCGUGUAUUGUCCCGGUGGUCCUGAUUCUGAUUUCGAGUAUUCAACUCAGUCGUACACCGGUUACGAACCGACUUCGAUGAGAGCAAUUCGAGCUCGUUACGAUCCUUACGAACAGACUAGAAGUCGAGUGGAACAACUGAAGCAACUCGGUCACAGCGUCGAUAAAGUAGAAUUUAUCAUCAUGGGAGGUACGUUCAUGAGCUUACCGGACGAUUACCGAGAUUACUUUAUUCGUAAUCUUCACGAUGCGUUAUCCGGAUACCGAAGUCAUGGAGUCGAUGACGCUGUCAAAUUCUCGGAACGUAGUAAAACUAAAUGUAUCGGAAUUACGAUAGAAACGCGACCGGAUUACUGCCUCAAACGACACCUUUCGGAUAUGCUUCGAUACGGUUGUACUCGUUUAGAAAUUGGAGUCCAGUCUGUGUACGAGGAUGUGGCCAGAGAUACAAACAGAGGCCAUACGGUUCGAGCUGUUACCGAGUGUUUUAGCAUGUCGAAAGACGCCGGAUACAAAGUAGUCGUUCAUAUGAUGCCGGAUUUACCGAAUGUCGGAUACGAACGAGAUAUCGCUCAGUUUAAGGAAUUUUUCGAGAAUCCAGCCUUUAGAGCUGAUGGAUUAAAGAUAUAUCCUACGUUGGUGAUCAGAGGUACCGGAUUGUAUGAGUUGUGGAAAACUGGACGAUACAAGAGUUACCCUCCGGGCGUACUUGUCGACUUGGUUGCCCGUAUUUUAGCUUUGGUGCCUCCUUGGACUCGUGUUUAUCGUGUACAAAGAGAUAUUCCUAUGCCGCUAGUCACAUCCGGAGUCGAACACGGUAAUUUGAGAGAGUUAGCCUUGGCCAGAAUGAAAGAUUUGGGCCUUCAUUGUCGCGAUAUCAGAACCAGAGAAGUCGGUAUUCAAGAAAUUCACAACAAAGUCAGACCUUACGACGUCGAACUUAUCAGAAGAGAUUACGAAGCCAACGGUGGCUGGGAAACGUUUUUAGCCUACGAAGAUCCCGAACAAGAUAUCCUCAUCGGUCUGCUACGAUUGAGGAAAUGUGCCGGAGACACGUUCAGACCGGAACUAAAAGGCGCCUCGAUCGUUAGAGAACUGCACGUGUACGGUUCUGCGGUGCCGGUCAGUUCCAGAGACCCGAAAAAAUUCCAGCAUCACGGUUUCGGUACUUUACUGAUGGAGGAAGCCGAAAGAAUCACCGUCGAAGAACACGGUAACCUGAAACUAGCUGUGAUAUCUGGUGUCGGUACCCGCGACUAUUACCGAAAACUGGGAUACGAAUUAGAAGGUCCUUAUAUGGUGAAACAUUUAUCCAAAAAAGACCAUAACGAAGAGCUAGAAAUCAUCAGUCAAAUGGCACACGAAAGUCAACAAGUUACCAGUGAGAAUAAUGAUUUCUUCGACGUUUAUCAGACUGACGACAGCGUUGUGUACGAGGAUUGCAUCGAAGAUCUCAUCAGCAAUACUGAAUUCGUCAGUUUCGAAGAUAAAAACUAAGGAUUUAAUUUCUGUGUGAUUUCUGUUUCGGUAUUUCUUGUACGAUCGAUGUUGUUUUUUUUUGUUGGCUAUUUUGAUCGUAGAUGUGAAAUGUCCUUUCGAGACACGAGAGAUCUGACAUGUUGAAAGGAUCGGUUUCUGUUUCUGGUAAACUUUUGAAAUCGAUGACUGAUGACUCGAUUAUUUUUACGUUGAAAACGUGAUCGUUGUGAUAUUAUUACUCGAUGUAUUAUUUUAUUCGAAUUUAUUUAUCGAUGUUACGAAUAUGAAUUAUUGUCGAAAUAUUAAUGCUAACUCGAGUUAUUACGUUUUGAGAUCAUUUCGAACGUGAUAUUGAACUCGAAUACUUCGAUGUUGUGUAAUAUUGUUUUGUUUUAAUGAUUAUUUGUUAUAAAAUUCGUUAUUUGCGUAUCUUCA